AUGUCUGGGAAUACGCAAACUGGAAAAAGCAUCUCUCCCGGUCACCAUAGCCUGGAGUCUGGCUCGAAUCGGUCACCAUCUGAGCUUGUUUUCACGCCCUCCGACUCGGAGUCCGAGGCCUCCGCAGGUAUCGGCCAGUCUGCCCGGAUCUCCACGAGUGGAACCGAGACUGAGUCCGACUCCCAAGCCGAAUCUGCCCCCGCUGUCUUGUCCGCUUCGCUGCAGGCCCCAAACUCUGCUGGAUCCUCUUCUCGGCGUCAAACAGCAGCCUUCGGUACGCCGGCAAGCCACGCGGUCAAGUCUGGCCGAGGUCGACCGGGUUCUGGCGAGACCCGUCUCGGGUCGGGGUUGGAAAUUAAGCCUGUGAGAUCGAAUAACGGUGGGCUUGUACGAGAUACACCCUUGAGAUGGCAGCCGUCACCGGAACAACUGGCUGCGUUGCAAUCAGACUACUCUUUGUUGAUCAGUGCGUGUAAGGGUGGAAGUGGAAGUUCUCUCUCCGAGGUAUAA